GGAAGCGGAAGUUGCUGCCGCGUCUCCGUUGCGACGCCAGCAUGCCGGGCCGUGGCCGUUCGCGCGUCCCCGAGCGGUGGACCGACUACGUCCCGCUGGGCCGCAGGCUCCCGGGCACCCGCUUCAUCGCCUUCAAAGUGCCCCUGAGGAAGAGCUUUAAUCAGAACCUUCAUCCAGAGGAGAGGUUUUCGCCUUGUGACCUCAUCGAGAAAAUCAAAGAGCAGAAAGAAGAACUGGGCCUCAUCAUCGACCUGACGUACACAACACGCUACUACGGACCAGAGGAGCUGCCAGCUACGCUCAGGUAUUCAAAGAUCCUGACAAUGGGACACGAAAUACCAAACAACCAGACUAUUUUUCAAUUCAAGUGUGUUGUGAAAAACUUCUUGAGAGACAACAAAGACAACGAUAAACUGAUCGGAGUGCAUUGCACACAUGGCUUAAACAGAACUGGCUACCUGGUUUGUAGGUACCUGAUUGAUGUUGAAGGCAUGGAGCCCAACACUGCAAUAGAGUUGUUCAACAGAGCUCGAGGGCAUCCCAUUGAGAGAAUGAACUACAUUGAAGAUCUCCGGAGAAGAUCUGGAAUGAAACGUGAAGUGAAGAAUUCGGGGUCAGUCCCCCUCAAAGGAAGAGUGGACGCUAUGUUGAACUGUAGAAAGCAGAAGGCAGAACAUCGCCCACAGCGUUCAGAACACCUCCUAUUAACCACGUCCAGGAACUCUGGCUGUGCCAAGAAGAAGAAGAAGCGGCAUCACAGAGCGCCCGAACAACUCCAGGAGCCUCUGCACAAACCUGGGCUGGCUGAGAAAAGGUGGCCUUGCAGUUUGGCUCCCAGGAACUGCCCGGUUUCUUUGCCUUACAACAUGCAACGCAACGAAGUGUGCUUCCUAGCUCCAGGCCCCCUCCACCAGCAACCACAGGAACCUCACGUGGCCAGGAAGCGCCGGCGGCGGCGUAAGAAACGUAUGGCAGAGCUGAAAGGCACAACAGCAUCCACACAGGGCUGUGUUCCCACAAAGGAGUUACGCAGAGGCUCCAAACUGAGUGAACUGUGACGUCCACCAGCAGCUGAGCUGGAUGGUGGGAACUGCAAGCGGAGGUUGUGGUGUUCUUGAGAUCAGCACAGCUCUCUUUCUCUUCCCCCCCCCCCCCCUUUUUUACACCCUUCUGGGUACUUUUGACAACUGACUCAGAAUUUUCGAGUUGCUGUUUGACAUUCUGCAGUCCUGGCUCCGCUUCUCAAGUGAUGGAGGGAAUAAAUGGAACUGGAUUAAUUCUAAAGAGACGUCAUCAGGAGCAGCUCUUUAACCUUCCACAAAAGGGCUUUUGGUGCUGAUUUCCUUAAUACACGUGAAGGAAUAGGAUUUGGCCUGAA